AUGGUGGAGCGUCUGGCCGAGGCGACCUUCCACGCCGACCUGGAGGCGUCGCUGCGCGGUGCUGACGGCAGUCGGCUGGGCGACGUGACAGUUGAGGUGUUUCCGGCCGUCGUGAGGCCGCUGAGCUCGCUGCGGUUCGAGAUGCGCUGGCGCGCCCGCGGCGAGAAGAAGGUGCCAAGGCGGCUACAGGGCAGCUUGCAAAGCGGCUUGUCGCUUCACCGCAGCCACAAUCCGAGUUUCGAGAACUACAGGAUGAAGGGUGUCUUCAUGGACGGCACCUGCAUCUGCUUCGAGGGGCAGGCGCUCCGGGAGGUCGUGGACUACCGCGGGCCCCACGGUGUGCGGCUGGUGAGCAACGGCGUGCUGGACGAUUACCGCGGCUUGUGGUCUGGCCCCGUCAAGUUUGGGGACGCCACCGCAGGGGCCGUGAACCACGUUGGCGAGACACUGGAGGAGGCCACGUCUUCGGGCAUGCACGCCUUCCAGGUGUCGCUGGACGCGCUGCCUUCGAACAUCUCCGACCUGUACAUGGUCUUUUCCGAGCCGACCUGCGGGGACGUUUCGCAGUUCGAGGACCCGAAGUGA